AUGCCCCUGCUGCCCGCGGCGCUCACCAGCAGCAUGCUCUAUUUCCAGAUGGUGAUCAUGGCAGGGACGGUGAUGCUGGCGUACUACUUCGAGUACACCGACACGUUCACCGUGAACGUGCAGGGCUUCUUCUGCCACGACAGCGCCUACCGCAAGCCCUACCCGGGCCCGGAGGACAGCAGCGCCGUGCCCCCCGUGCUCCUCUACUCGCUGGCCGCCGGGGUCCCAGUGCUCGUGAUAAUAGUUGGAGAAACUGCUGUGUUUUGCCUACAACUAGCCACACGGGACUUUGAAAACCAGGAGAAAACUAUUUUAACUGGAGAUUGUUGCUAUAUAAACCCACUGGUGCGGCGAACUGUACGAUUUCUGGGUAUUUAUACAUUUGGGCUAUUUGCUACAGAUAUCUUUGUAAAUGCUGGGCAAGUAGUUACCGGGAAUCUGGCUCCACAUUUUCUUGCCCUGUGUAAGCCCAACUAUACAGCACUUGGAUGUCAGCAGUAUACACAGUUCAUCAGCGGGGAAGAGGCCUGCACGGGCAACCCAGAUCUCAUCAUGAGAGCAAGGAAAACGUUUCCAUCCAAAGAAGCAGCUCUCAGUGUCUAUGCAGCUAUGUAUCUGACAAUGUACAUCACCAACACAAUCAAAGCCAAAGGAACAAGACUUGCUAAGCCCGUUUUAUGUUUGGGCUUAAUGUGUUUGGCCUUUCUUACUGGACUCAACAGAGUAGCAGAAUAUCGAAAUCAUUGGUCCGAUGUGAUAGCAGGCUUUCUGGUUGGAAUAUCUAUAGCAGUAUUUCUGGUUGUGUGUGUGGUAAAUAAUUUCAAAGGAAGACAACCAGAAAAUGAACAUCUCCACAUGGAUAACCUGGCACAGAUGCCAAUGAUCAGCAUUCCUCGCGUAGAAAGUCCUUUGGAAAAGGUAACAUCUGUACAGAACCACAUCACCGCCUUUGCAGAAGUCACAUGAUAUUGAAGCAGACGGUUUGUCACUGCAUUGGACAUCGUCCCUUUUCACCAUCCAUUCAUAACACCCAAAGUUUGUUUGAUUACAAAAGAAGUUUAUAAAAUUGUCUAAUAAUUUUUAUAAUUUUAAAAUCAGUGUCAACUUAUCUGUUUCCCCCACUAGACUGUGAGCUCCUCAAGGGCAGGGCUGUGUCUUCUCUGUAUCCCCAGCACCUACAACAAAGCCUCGCACAAAGUAGGUGUUAAAUAAAAUGU